AUGCCUACCUCCUCACUCCUGCCUCCUCCAUAUAUUCAUCUACGCUAUCUCUUCUCCUUCGCGCCCGUCAUCCUCGGCCUCGCCCUGCACCCCAUACAUGCUCACGAAGCUCAAACGACCACAUGCUCGUUCAUUACUCUUCAGCAAUCUGCAUCGUGUACAGAUCUUGGAGCACCUCUGGCUGUGCACGCCCUGACUGACUCCCCCCCUCUCACCUUCUCCGCAACCACGCCCACCAUUUUGGCUCUGCCUCACCAGAUCCGUGAGGAAACAGCAGGCGUCAAGGCCGUGUAG